AUGUCAUUAUUUUACAAGAAGGAAGACGACGUCAAAGGAAAGACUGCCUUGAUCACUGGAGGCACCAAAAACUUGGGUGGUGAGACCGCAAAGGAACUCGCUCGUUUCGGAACCAACCUCUUCCUUCACUACCAUUCAUCUUCUGACAAGGAGAAGAGUGAAAAGUUGGCCAAGGAAAUCCAAUCGCAACAUUCAGUUAAGGUUGAGGUUUAUCAAGGAGCAUUGGAUUCCGCUGAGGAUUUGGAGCAACUUUUUGCAGCCGCGAAGAAGGCAUUCCCACUGGGAAUUGACAUUGCUAUUAACAAUGUGGGUAUGGUAUUAAAGAAAGAGCUCACUACAGUUACGGAAAAAGAAUGGGAGAAGAUGGAUAACAUCAACAAUAAGACUGCUUUUUUCUUCCUUAGAGAAGCUGGUAAGCAUGUCAACGACAAUGGAAAGAUUGUAUCUUUGGUGACUUCGUUGUUGGCCGCUUAUACUCCAGCUUAUGGUGUUUACCAAGGUACAAAAGCACCAGUUGAAUACUAUUCGAAGACUGCCUCGAAGGAAUUGCAAAGUCGUGGAAUUUCGGUCAACUGUGUUGCGCCAGGACCUAUGGACACCCCAUUUUUGUAUGGACAGGAGACCGAUGAGUCGGUGGCUUUCUUCAAGACCUGCGGUUUGCACAACAGAUUGACCAAAUUGGAAGACAUUGUGCCAAUUGUCAGAUUCUUGGUCACUGAAGGUGGCUGGAUCACUGGUCAAACCAUUUACUGUUCUGGUGGAUUUACGGCGCAUUAA